UCGCCGAGCGAACCGUAUCGAGAGCGGCCAACUUUCAAGAGAUCGAGAAACGGAUCGAGCAGUCGAUUCCGUGGGCGGAUCGAUCGUCGGUCGAAUCGAGACGUGCAUACACAAGAUAGCAGAAUGAAAACGACAUUUGUAAUUAGUUUAUGGCUCGGCCUAACGACUGGUCAUUUUCGCGGGCCGCAUCAUCCCAGGGGCAGCGUGUCCCAUCAUCAUUACACACCGCAGAAGGAAAUCAAGCUGACGGAGGAUUCCGAGCUUCUUCACGACGCCACACACUUGAAAGAAGACUUGGGAUCUAUGGCCGACACAAUUGAUUUUUCCAAGAUGACCGACGACGAAAUAGAAUUUCAUUAUUUCAAACUUCAUGAUUUCGACAAUAAUACGAAGCUAGACGGAUUAGAGUUUCUACAUGCACUUCAACACACCUUCCACGGGGAACAAUUAGACGAAACUGACAACGAGGAUGCAAUAUCGGAGGAGGAUUUUUCUUGGAUCGUUGAAUUGAUAGACCAAGUACUGGAGGAAGAUGAUUUAAAUAAUGACGGGUACUUAGAGUACGUUGAAUACGUGCUGGGAAGAAAGAGAGAUCACGCCGCGCAAGAGAAACGCAAGAAACUCAGAAUUGGAACGUGAGAUUUUCCGUCCACGUCCCAAAUUAUAUAAAAAAAUAUGUGACAAAUUACAUAAAUUAUAUAAAUUCUCACAAAAGAGUAAAAACAAACUUCUUAAGUUAUGAGAAAUGAGAAUAAAAUAUAUAAAUUGCAUUGACACACCGCGUGUUGUUCGUGACAUACAUUUACUUAUAUGAUUCCCGAAUGAUAUUUGUAUUAAUAACUCUUGAUAUUACUAUUCACUUUUUUCACAGAAAGGGAGAAGCUGAAAAAACAAAACUAGAAAAUGAAGUGUGAUCCGGGUAAUAUAUAGAUUUUUUUUUUUUUAAAGUUUAUUUAGAGAUUUCAUUAAAUCUAUACCACCCAUAAUAAAUCUUACGUGACUAAGGUUUUUUCAUGGUCUAAAAAAAUCUAUACACUAUUAAUCUCGAAAGGCUAAUAGUUAAGAGAAUAACCCGUACGUUGAGAGAAUUGCGUAUUUUUAAUUGUGGCCGCGCGUGUGAACAUAAGGUAUGUGGAGUCACUUUGCUUCAUUAAAGAUACGCACAUAAAUGUUCAAGAGACAAUGCCGGUCACAGUGGGUAUUACUCGA